AUGAAUGCUAUUGCCAAGUUCUUGGGUGAUUGGAAGCUUGAAUUUUCAAGGUUGUUAGACUAUGCUGAUACGAUUGAGAGUUGUAGGAAGAUUAUAGGAUUGGAUGGAUGCUUUCUGAAGGCUGGUUGUAGAAGAGAAUUAUUAUUGGCAGUUGGAAAAAAUGGAAACAAUCAAAUGUAUCCAAUAGCUUGGGCAGUGGUUGAUCAAGAAACUAAACACUCUUGGAGUUGGUUCUUAAGCUAUCUCAUUGAAGAUUUGCAACUUGGUGAUGGAACUGGCAUAACAGUCAUCCCUCUCAACACCCCCACACAACAGCAUGUAAGGCCCUUUCAACAACCACCAAUGAGGCAGCCUAUCAUUGGACAUGCCUCGACUUUAUGUGCAGAUACUUCAAAGGUUAAAGGAAUGAAAAAGCAGCAGCCAACUGCAAGGGCAUCAUCUACUUCAACUGCCUGGGCAGCAUCUACUUCAACUGCAAGACCAACAUCUUCUCCAGUUGGAAUGUCGCCAGCUUCUUCAGUUGGAAGAAAAAAAACAAGAGAUGUGGGAUUUGAUGUUUACACAGAUAUACAAUCUGGAAGACAAGUGAUUAAUAUAUGGCAAGGACGCACACUAAGGACAAGAGUUAUUGUCAUGAAACCACUAGUAUUUUUUUUUCUUCUGUCCCUUGUUUUUUCCUUUGUAACAUAUAAUCUGAUUACCAUGGUUAUAAGGUAUACAUUUGUUGGCUUUGAGAAAUCAAACUCAAAGGCUGUUGGUUUCACUCAACUAUUUCUUGAUCCCAUUAUUCACAUGCCUCACAAUCUCACAAAACCUAAACCCCAAAAGUUGCUAUUCCAUAUUGCAUUAACAGCAACUGAUACUCCUUAUAGCAAGUGGCAAUGCCGCAUCAUGUACUAUUGGUAUUUGAAAAAGAAGAAUUUACCAGGUUCAGAGAUGGGAAAAUUCACUCGAAUCCUUCAUUCAGGAACCCCUGACAAUCUAAUGGAUGAAAUUCCCACAUUUGUCGUUGAUCCUCUUCCACAAGGUUUUGAUAUGGGUUACAUUGUCCUCAAUAGACCUUGGGCAUUCGUUCAGUGGUUGGAGAAGGCUACCAUAGAAGAGGAAUACAUACUUAUGGCAGAGCCUGAUCACAUUUUUUUGAACCCGCUCCCAAAUUUAGCUUAUGGAGAUUACCCAGUUGCUUUCCCUUUUUUCUACAUGAAACCUGCCGAACACGAGGAGAUCAUAAGGAAAUUCUUUCCCAAAGAAAAUGGUCCUGUAACAAAUGUUGAUCCCAUUGGAAAUUCCCCGGUCAUCAUUAAGAAGAAUUUGUUGGAGCAAGUUGCAACUACAUGGAUGAAUAUUUCUCUAAGAAUGAAGCAUGAUGAAGAAACGGAUAAAACUUUUGGCUGGGUCUUAGAAAUGUAUGCGUAUGCUAUAGCUUCUGCUUUGCAUGGUGUGCAGCAUAUUCUUCGGAAAGACUUUAUGCUACAGCCACCCUGGGAUUUGGACAAUAGAAAAAAGUUUAUCCUCCAUUACACUUAUGCGUGUGACUACAAUAUGAAGGGGGAGCUUACUUAUGGAAAAAUUGGAGACUGGCGAUUUAAUAAGAGGUCCUAUAUCAAAGGACCUCCACCUAAAAAUCUAUCCCUGCCUCCACCUAACAUCCCUGAAAGUGUGGUAACUCUCGUGAAGAUGGUAAACGAAGCAACUGCCAACAUUCCAAAUUGGUGAGCAGAGCAGUGAUAUUAUACUAUUUGAAGCCCAA